AUGACCCUGAGCACAGGUCCAAUAAACAAGGGGACCGAACAAGGGUCGACGCCCGCAAAGCAGGAUGGAAAGAAGCGACGAGGUGGAGGAAGCGGGGACAAGCAGCCCACUUCGACGUCAAACACUCUAAAAGCCAAGAAGCUGAGGCAAGAGAAGAACCGUCAGCCGCGGGAAUCUAUUGCGCCGCCCAGAGUCAAUGAGGUCGGACCCCAGCCGAAGGAACCAGAAAAAUACUGCAGGUUCCACGGUGACGUCGGCCACCACACCAACGAUUGCGCCGAUCUUAAAGAUGAGAUCGAGAGAGUAAUCCGCGAUGGGAGGCUGCAGGAGUUCAAAGCCGAGCGAAGACCUAAAAACGAUGGCCACGGCGGCCAGAAUGACGGUCGACGCCGAAAGGAGAACCAGCGCCCAGAGGACCGAGAACCCGUCGGCGUCAUACGAACUGUCAUCGGCGGCCACUAUAUAGGAGGAGACUCAAGGAGAUCUCAGAAGGACUACGCCCACGAGGCUAGAAGGGUUUACCAGGAAAGGUUCUGGAGUAUCUCCGCUGCCAAAACACCAAAAUUCAGCAGCACCGACGUGGCGUUUAAUAAGGACGACGCCAGCGGAGUUCACUUCCACCACAACGACGCGUUGGUGGUAAAAGCCAUGAUCGGGAACCAUACUGUGUGCCAGAGCCUAGUGGACAACGGGAGCUCGGUAGACCUCCUAUACUCUGACUGCCUAGAAAAGAUGGGGAUUCCAAAGGAGCAGCUAGAAAAGACCUCCAGGCCAUUGUACGACUUUACUGGGGACUCCGUCAUCCCUCAGGGGAUUAUCUGGUUGCCCAUAACCGUAGGGAAGAAACCUCGACAGGCCACCACAAUGGCUAAUUUUGUGGUAAUAAGAGAGGGCUCCCAGUACAAUGCCGUGAUUGGAAGGCCAACCCUCCAGGCGCUGAGGGCAAUCACCUCCAUUUACCACCAAAAGUCAAAUUUCCUACCCCAAAUGGCGUGGGCGAAAUGA